ACAGAGGCACAAAGAAAGUGUAGCUUCUGAGCUGAAUGAUGACAACAUUGCAGAGUAAAGAAGAAUGUGGGAAGGGGCCAAAGAAAACCUUUGCCCCACCUGCACAAAAAUUGCAUAGCUUGAUGUGCUAUAGCCCUAACCCACCCAAGGAGGAGACCCUGGAGAUCAGUUCCCCAAAGGCCAGGUCAGAGAAGAAGGAAGAGAAAGCAACCACAGAAAAUGGUCCAAGCGGUGGCCAGGAGAAUAAAGGAAAGCCUCAAGACAAGCAAGCAGUGAAGAAAGAAAAGGAAAGAGCAAGUCUCACCAAUGCAGAAUUUGAGGAGAUUGUCCAGAUUGUGCUACGGAAGUCCCUCCAGGAGUGCUUGGGUACUUCCUGUGCCCAGCCCAUAAGAUGCACCCAAUUAGACAAGGAACCAAGAAUUGCUUCUUCUACUGAUAAUGACAAUGCUGAUGGAGAGAGGGUAAUGGCACCACAUAUUCUAGAGAUUUCAGCCACUGAGGAAGCUGGAGUAACCUCUGUGAUAAAGAGAUCUAAGCCAGGCCAGCCGGAUCCUGCACCCUCUGAGAAGAAAUUCAGCAGAUCUUCCCUAAGCAAAGGAAAGAAGGGAGCUCAAGAUGAGAAAAUGGAAAAGGCCCAAAGUGGACAUGAGCAGAGACAGAAAGACCAACUGAAAAAACCAGUUCAAGAUGAUUCUCAGACCAGAAACCAACAAAAAGGAGAAGGCGGUGGUUUUGUUGCCAGGGACAGAUGA